UUCUUCAUCGUUUCUCUGAUUUGUAAUAUGGUAUCAGAGCCAUCAAGCUCAAAUUUCUGUUGAUCUCGCAUCGUUUUUCUCCUUUUCUGAGUUUGAUUUCUCGAUACUCUCCUCUUUCUACCAGAUUCAUACUUUCCGAUGGUGUCUGGAGUUCGUGUGACUCGAAAAUCAGCUCGUUCCAAGGCGUCGGCGAGUUCAGCUGCUCGGAAAACGUCGCGAUCUACUGGUGUUGCAGAUUCACCUCCGGAUUCUCCUUCAGGUGCCAACUCUCGGGUUUCUGGAGCUUCGCGAGGUGUUGUUUCAUCAGGAUCUGAAGAUCCGACUCAGUCUCCGUUCUUCAUGCAUAGUGCUGAUCAUCCAGGUUUGAAUAUCAUCUCUCACCGUUUAGAUGAAACAAAUUAUGGUGAUUGGAGUGUUGCUAUGCGAAUCUCGUUGGAUGCUAAGAAUAAACUUGGAUUCAUAGACGGAUCUCUCCCUCGUCCUGUUGAAUCAGAUAGUAAUUUCCGUCUAUGGUCCCGAUGUAACAGCAUGGUUAAGUCAUGGAUGCUGAACUCAGUUUCUCCUCAGAUCUACCGCAGUAUCUUGCGUAUGAACGAUGCUGUGGAUAUCUGGCGUGAUUUAUUCAGUCGUUUUCAUCUGACUAAUUUACCACGCACCUAUAACUUGACGCAAGAGAUCCAGGAUCUUCGUCAAGGAUCUAUGUCUUUAUCUGAAUACUAUACUCUUUUGAAAACAUUGUGGGAUCAACUUGACAGUACAGAGGACCUUGAUGAUCCCUGUACGUGUGGUAAGGCUGCUCGUCUGCAUCAGAAGGCAGAGAGAGCUAAGAUAGUGAAGUUUUUGGCUGGAUUAAACGAGUCAUAUGCAAUUGUUCGCAGGCAGAUCAUUGCAAAGAAGGCUCUACCCAGUCUUGCAGAAGUUUAUCAUAUUUUGGAUCAGGAUAACAGCCAGAAGGGUUUCUCCAAUAUUGUAGCUCCUCCUGCAGCUUUUCAGGUCUCCGAGUUGAACAGCUCUCCUACUGCUCCACCUACAGUCAUGUAUGUUCAAAAUGGGCCAAAUAAAGGUCGUCCCAUUUGUUCAUACUGCAACAGGGUUGGUCACAUCGCAGAAAGAUGCUACAGAAAACAUGGAUUUCCUCCUGGAUUCACUCCCAAAGGUAAAGCUUCUGAUAAGAUUCUUAAGUCUCACCCAGUGGCAGCUCAAGUCACUGUCUCCUCUCUUCCAGAUCAGUCUCAGUCCCCAGUUCAUCUUGAAAAUCUGGUUGGUAAUCUCUCUAAGGAUCAGAUAAACAAUCUGAUAGCUCUUUUCAGUUCUAAACUUCAGACUCAGAAUGUCUCUAGCGCCGUUGAAGCCAGUUCUUCUCAGUCACCCUUAGAUCACUCUGGAUCUUACCAAGGGGUCGAUGCUUGGAGAGGGUAGAAGGAUUGGAAAUCUCUAUGUGUUGGAUACUCAGUCUACUGCAAUAUCAGUGAAUGCUACAGUGGAUGUGAAUAUGUGGCACAAGAGACUUGGA